AUGGCUCCUCUAAGUGAAACUAACCUCUGCAUAGAGUGCCUGAAAUCACAGGAAGCUUUUGUAGAGUUGGCCCAGGAGGGUGGAGCCCUCGCACCCUGUUUACCGGCUUGCGCGUGUGCCAGUGGGUGUCGCGGAACGCGCAGGACACACACGGACCCACUUUCCUACCGCAGCCCAAUCAAACUCUCGCUCUCAGCUCAAGGGCUGUCAACUCUCACGCCUCUCGGCGCUCUCAGCCAGCCCCCUCCUCACUCUUUCACUCCCUCACGCCCCGCCUCCAAAGUAGGGCGUCCCUCUCUCGUUGGUAAGUGCUCCUCUCACUCUUACUCUGCAACCAGUCACUCGAGUUUCGGUGGAGAGCGGCGGAGCCAAUGGGCAUGCUCGCUGCGGCAGCUGCCGGGUCCGAGCGCCGGUAGGCGGUGCCGGGGGCGGGGUGCGGGUGGGGAAUCAGUUGCCAUUUGGAGUGAGGAGCGGGCGGCGGCGGCGGCGGCGGUGUUUGCGGUGGCGCGGAAUCCGCGGAGAGCCAGACACCUCGAGGCCCUUUCCUCCUACCCAGAUCCCCAGAAGCAGGGGUCCGGGCCCUUCCUGCAGUUGCCGGGCGAUCCCGCGCGUGCAGCCCUGCAAGGCAGCGAGCGGCCCCCGAGGCUGCGUGAUCCGGACUGUUGUCCCUCUCCCCUGUCAGCGCGAUGCCCGGGGCGGCGGUGGCUCCGGGCUCCUCGCGGCCCCGGCCGUGACCGCCACACCGAGCCCGGCCCGGCGGUUGGGGCCGUUGGGCCCACCAUGUCCACUGCCUCCUCCUCCAGUUCCUCUCAGACCCCUCAUCCCCCGCCGCAGAGGAUGCGGCGCAGCGCCGCGGGCUCCCCGCCCGCCGCCCCCUCCGCCGGUAGCGGGAACGGACCGACCGAGCCGACGCCGCGGGCCAAGGGCCGCCCGAGACGGUCCCCCGAGAACCACCGGAGGAGCAACUCACCUGAGAGACGGAGCCCCGGCUCGCCCGUGUGCAGAGUGGACAGGCCCAAAUCUCAGCAAGUUCGAACCUCUAGUACAAUAAGGCGAACCUCUUCUUUGGAUACGAUAACAGGACCUUAUCUCACAGGACAGUGGCCACGGGAUCCUCAUGUUCAUUACCCUUCAUGCAUGAAAGAUAAAGCUACUCAGACACCUAGCUGUUGGGCAGAAGAGGGAGCCGAAAAGAGGUCACAUCAGCGUUCUGCUUCAUGGGGGAGUGCUGAUCAACUAAAAGAGCAGAUUGCCAAACUGAGGCAGCAGCUGCAACGCAGUAAACAGAGUAGUCGGCACAGCAAGGAGAAGGAGCGUCAGUCCCCUCUUCCUGGCAGCCACGUAACCAUCAGUCACGCUCAGGCUACUGGAUCAAGAUCAGUCCCUAUGCCGCUGUCAAAUAUAUCAGUGCCAAAAUCAUCAGUUUCACGUGUGCCCUGCAAUGUAGAAGGAAUAAGUCCUGAAUUGGAAAAGGUAUUCAUUAAAGAAAAUAAUGGAAAGGAGGAAGUGUCCAAGCCUUUGGAGAUCCCCGACGGCCGCCGGGCCCCGCUCCCCGCUCACUACCGGAGCAGCAGCACCCGCAGCAUCGACACGCAGACCCCGUCCGUGCAGGAGCGCAGCAGCAGCUGCAGCAGCCAUUCUCCGUGCGUGUCUCCCUUCUGCCCCCCAGAAUCCCAGGAUGGGAGCCCUUGCUCCACGGAAGAUUUACUCUAUGAUCGUGAUAAAGACAGUGGGAGUAGCUCACCGUUACCCAAGUACGCUUCAUCUCCCAAACCAAACAACAGCUACAUGUUCAAACGGGAGCCCCCAGAGGGAUGUGAGCGAGUGAAGGUCUUUGAGGAAAUGGCGUCUCGUCAGCCUAUGUCAGCCCCUCUCUUUUCAUGUCCUGACAAAAACAAGGUUAAUUUCAUCCCAACCGGAUCAGCUUUCUGUCCUGUAAAACUUCUAGGCCCUCUCUUACCUGCCUCCGACCUGAUGCUCAAGAACUCUCCUAACUCCGGCCAAAGCUCGGCUCUGGCCACUCUCACCGUCGAGCAGCUCUCCUCCCGGGUGUCCUUCGCGUCCCUUACUGACGACACCGGCUCCGUGGGCGCCACGGAGGCCUCCGUCCCGCAGCCAUCCCAGCAGCAGCAGCUCCUGCAGGAACUGCAGGGCGAGGAACACCUCUCUGCUCCGAACUAUGUGAUCAUCUAACACGAAGGGGGAGCUGGCCUCUACCCUACCGUCAUGGAUUAGGAACUGGACCUCAGACAUCUUCUCUGCAUGGAGUGACAAACUUUCUGAACACCACCACCACCACCACCAGAAUACUUAUCAGCAUCAUAAAGUAUCUCUUGACACUGAUCUUGGCAGGGACGGAACUCCUAUUCAGCAGUUUUUGUGGAAAGCAGUAAUGCUUGCAAAAUGUGUGUGUCAUUCAGCAUUUUAAGUGGAGACUAUGCAUUUCAUAGUAUGUUUGACAGAGUAGUACUGUGUCCUGUGUUUUGUUCCAAAUUCUUCAGUAUGAAUAAGCUCUAUAUCAAACAGUUGCCUGUCUAAAUAGAAAAUGUCUUGCUGUGUUUUGUCCUAUGGAAAAUACUGUACUUCAGGAUUAUGUUUACAAUUGAUCCAGGUGUUUCUUUCUAACUUCUGUAAUACAUACAAUGCAAACAAAAUAAGUAAAUGGCCACAACAGUUGCACAGUGCCCACCCUAUGGCCUAGCUUCAGGUACUUCAGUUGAAGUCUAAACUCAGGUAACUUGGAAUGUAUAUCAUAUUGGGAUAUUAAAUAUUUCACAGCUAAAAAGCUAAAGAGGGAACAUCACUCUUUUGCCUUUCCUUAUUUUCUGCAUUUCCCUUUCCUCAUUACAUUCCACAUUCUUAGAAGAAGAAGUGCAUUCAACCCUAGGAGAACAAUAACCCUGGACAUGGGUGAACGUGAGGAGAACCAGCAAAUCCCGUGGUGUCUGACAUCACUUUUGUCAUGCAGUUACAAGUAACACAACUGUUGAAUUCACGGUUUCAGCAUGUGUAGAUGUGGCUUUUUUUUUUUUUUUUAAACAACUUCAGGUGUUGCUUAGUUAGUGUCUGUUCUCAUGUUGCAAACAACGCACCGGUACCAGGCUGUGUGUCAGCAUUCCAGCCGCGUGUGAUGGGAUUGAAGAACAAGGACGUCUAGGUUUGAUUUCCCCACGGGCGCACUUUCCCAGGGGAGGGUGGAGGUUUCUUGUUCCCGUUGCCCAUCAGGGUCAGGGCAUGCCCUUGUUUUAGCUCAAGGCAUACUAAUGUUCAGUUUUCUAUCUUGGAAAUGCUUUAAUUUGCAGGCUUAAAAAUGACACGCUUUGGGUUAAUUGUUUUCCUCAAGCACUUGAGGUGCACGAGUCGCGUGUGUGUGGAGAAGGAGCGGGCAGGUCUCAGACCCUGUGCCGUCAGGAAGCAGGUGCUUUGGGGCCUCAGAUGGCAGGCGUUUGCAGCCGCCUCGCUGCGUCUCCUCACAGUAUCGUGGAGGGCUCUGGUAGUGCUCGGAUGUGCAGAGUAAAGCAGCCUUGAACUUGCAGACUGGACCUGAAUUCACAACAAAGCGUGAAGAGAGCCCUAGAUACUCCCGAGUGGUCAGUGGAUGAGCCCAAUUGUGAGACUUUGUUUUCUGCGGCUCAAAGAGAGUAUCCUAAAGCAAAGGGAGGUUUUUGUAUUUUUAUUCCAUUGCUUUCAGUUCAGUAAAACACAGAGUUGUUUCAUCUGUACCUACAGUAUAUGGCACAGUUUUCUUAAGAAUUAGGGGAAUAAGGUGCCUACAGUUACAGGAACGUUUCAGUUCCUUUCAGUCAUUCCUCGGGAUUUCUUUGUUUUAUUUCCUAAGGAGGGUGAAGAAGGAAAAUGUGAUAACGAAGAAAGCAACACCAUUGAUUUUUCUUUUUUAGAAAUGGUAUAUAUAUGUGUAUAUGUUGGUGUGUGUGUGUGUAUUCUGUGUAUUAUUUUGUCAUGAUUCCAAUUAUCUUCUUUCCACCAAAGUUCGCAGUAAAUUCUCUCCUGAAGGUGCAUUCUGGCUCCUUUAAAUUAGUCAGUGUUAUAUUGUAGGAGACUGUCAUGGAAAAGGACUCAGUUUACUUUUGCCAUUUUCACAGGGGAACCUUUUAAAAAACAAUCUCUUCAGCAGCAGACACCUUUAACCCUAAUAAUCUCAGGCCUUGAUGAAAAUACUAUAUUUUGUAGAUUAUGGUUAAAGGGAGAAAAUUAUUAGUUCUGUAAGAUAAAUAUGAGCUCCAUUAACUUCUGAUAUCUGGUUUAGCAUUACAUAAUGUGUUGAUCUUAUGCUCUGCUUUUGUCCAAAUAAGAUGCAAUAGUAUCAAUAUCAAUUUCUGAAAGAUGGACUGAAUGCUUUUUUGGUGAUGAAAUCUGAUGUACGAUAUUUAUGGUGACAUGUGCUUUUAUUUUCUCAUGAGAAACUAAAUAUUAAUUGUGUUGUACAUUUGUUCUUAGCAUAUAUUAAAGUUUUGAACCAAAUGUGUUAAAGCUUAUGCUUUGCCAUGUAAAUUUCCCAGAAGUUGUUGAGCUCAAAUGUAUCCUACAUCCAGCUGUAGAAAUUUGUCAGAAAUUGUUUAAAUUUUGUAUAUAGUUGUACUGUUUAAUUCUAGCCACUGCGCUGAACAGUAUUCGAGUUACCAUACAAUAUGGCUUUACACGAGGAAAUGUGUGGCUUUUGUUUUGUAUUUUUUCAGUAUAGAAGUUCCUGUGUCUUAUUUAAAUAAAGUUAUUAGGAAAACCA